AUGCGCACAGUCAUAAGCGCGGUGUCAUUUUGACAUCAGCAAUCUUCCAACCAGUGCAGGGACCGAGUGGCGCGCGCGCGUGGGCGCGCUCAGUGGACCAAUCACCAACCACUCUGUAUUCAGGUGUUGGAUCAGCAACACAUCGAGUGCUGUGCUGUCGUGUGAAUGUGGCCGUCAUAUCUUCACCCGAUUCGCGAGGGGCGUUCGUGAUCGGUGUUUCAAAUGCUCCUGGUCGGACCAUCCCUGUCUCAAACAAGGAUCAAAGUGGGCAUUUUUGUCUCCUGAUGCUUUUGGAUUUUUUUACCGGCAGUUGUGGCGUUUACACAGUCAAUUUUAUCGACAAGUGUGCUUUGGAUAAAGUGUUAUCGAUCCUUCUGUGUGCCGCACCACGUUUAGCAAUGGCGCGUCUUCCCGUGUACUUGUUUCUCCUCAUCAUGUCCAUCCACGAAGGAGUUCCCGGAGCAGAGGCAUUUGUAGACAUGGAUGAUCUAGAGACAUUAUUGAGACUAGGGCAAGAAGAGUGCAGUUUGAUGCACGAGAAUGUCACCUUUCCGGGGAUUGAUCCAGACUUUCACUGCGGCGCACAAUUUGAUGGUAUAACCUGUUGGCCACCCACCGCCCCGGGUGUCAUUGCGGAGCUGACCUGCCCAGCAAUGUUUGACCGAUACCAAACAACUUCAGUUCACAAAACAUGCUUCCCGAACGCCACAUGGAAGGUGGACGAUGUACUUGCUAUCUACGGAGGCCAGGGGGAGUGCCGAUGUGUCCAGUGUGAGGUUGUCGGCAUUCUACUCAAUCUGGGAUACGGUCUGUCGCUUGCAGCAUGCGCCGUCGCCUUCAUCAUAUUCAUGACCUCAAGAACCCUACGCUGCACGAGGAACCUAAUCCAUUUGCAUCUGAUCUGCUCCUUCAUGCUGAAGUACAUGGUAUAUUUCAUCCAGCCUCCCGUUGUGGUCUUGGAGUCUUUGCACCCGAAGCGAGUGGUCGUGUUCCUGCUCUACUACUUCGAGCAGACCAAUUACUUCUGGAUGUUUGUUGAGGGGCUCUAUCUACACACGCUGGUGGUCUUUGCUCUCAGAAUCGACGCAGACAAGAUCAGCUUCUUGGUAUACUGCGUCAUCGGCUGGGCCAUGCCUCUGGUUUUCGUGGGAGUUUGGGCCAUCGUCUCUGUUGCACUGUAUCCUGAAGGUGAUCUCAUCGACUAUACAGUGGAAACCACAGUGGUACACGAAUACGUCUGCGUGAUUGGGCCCAUUCUCCUCGUGUUGGUGAUCAACUGUUUCUUCCUCCUAAACAUCGUGCGUCUGUUGAUGAGCAAGCUACGCAUGCAAAGUAACCGUACAAGUGACAUCAAACAAUACAGGCGAGCUGCGCGAGCAACUCUCUUCUUGGUAGUCUUACUGGGAGUUGGCUACGUCCUGAUGCUGUGCCGGCCCUUCCUGGAGGAGAACCUGCCAAACAUCGUCAAGCUCAUCUUUGAGUACGUCAGUACCUUAUUGGCCGGCACACAAGGUCUCGCCGUAGCUGUUAUCUACGUCUUCUUAAACACAGAGGUCCGCACCGUGUUGAAGCGGAAGUGGCGCCGUCGAUUCGGCCACAAGAGCCCGUCGUGUCUGAACCGCAAGCGCGCCAAGCCUCGGACUUCGUCCUACUCCAAGUACGACGACCAGACCUGCAUGAGCACCAUGCGCAGUGUGGCCCACAAUGACACCGUGAUGGACUGCUACCAUGACGACGACCAGGGUCACCGGGGUCAUCACCAGGGCAACAAGGCCGGCAACCGGGGCGCCACCACGCAGGGAAAGAACACGGGCACCGUUGCCAACGGGGACGCGAAGAAAACGGACGGCGAGGAAAAAUUGGAAAUGCAAGUCGUGAAGAACAACGGGACUGUCGGUAAAUGGGAUCGGACUGAGAAAGGAAACGAAGCGGACGAGGUUGAACCUCUCUUGGAGGAAGGAGGUAAUCCUCCCAAACCCGCAGCCACCAUUGUGAUAUCAGAGGCGACGCCCGUACACACAACUGCCAAGGAACCAAAUGCCGAAUAUGAGGAAAACCAAGAGUGAGAAUAAAACAUUACUGGAGGUAUCAUACACCAACAAUCUAACAUUGAAUACGGCGGCCAUGUUUGUCGUGUUCCUCGUGGACUAUGAUCACUAUGACUUUGGUACUACGACAAUGGUACCAGUCUGAAAUGGGACAUAUUGCGAGUUCCAUAGACUCUUCUUAAAAAGAGAGUUGUCCAUCUUGAGCGAAACUAUCUGGCAUAUAAUAUUGUACAUAGUGUACCAUAGUGUAUACAAGCUACUUGCACAGACGCCCCUUUUGAUAUCCAGUGUGCCCCGCCCCUCCUUCUAUCCGUUUCAGAACUCGAUUUUGCCUCUACAUAUUUCUUAACUACCUGUGUUUAUUUAUUUUUUGAAGACAACACACUGUUUUCUAUUUGUUUUGAAAUUAAGUAUGUUUAAUUAUUCUUUCUAUGUCAAAAGCAACUUUGGUCCAGCAAAAGGACCGUAUGAAGUUAAGGAUGGCGGCAAAUUACGUCACUGCCAGGAUGUAGUGAUAGAAGUGUAUUUUCUUCAACACAAAAUUAUUUCAUGUGACUUUGGUAUUCUUGUGUUUCUUAAUGUGAACCUGUGUAAAGUGGCCACCAAGUCUGAUCAUGAAGUGGCCGCUAUAGGCAGGUUGCUAUAUAAUGUAAGCAUUGCAGUCGCCUGGCAGAUUUUAAAUGACUUCGCACUUGGGAAAUGCGAACUUAAUUUGUGAACCUGUGUCUACAUGGCCUAUCCCUAACGCGUGUAGAACAAAGUUCCUCUUCAGGUUUCGGGAUAUAUUUCCCUCUGGAAAAAAAAGUAACCCACUUUAUUCUUACUCGGGAUGGGAUUUGUAGCACUGCCUCCAGAAGGAUUUUUUUCGAACGCCUUGGUACUUAAUUCUCUUAGGCUUAAAACGAAACAAUUGACGCUCUUCCAAAGAAGUAGGCCUACGCAUACCGCUGAGGACAAACCUCUUUGUGUAGGACAUUUUUUCCAAGCUUGGGUUGUGCAGUUUUUGUGCAAAACCAUUCAGCUUUUAAAUUCAUCAAGGUAAGGCGAUUAAAGCACUAGCAAACAUGGCUGCCGGAUAAGGUAGCCACACGUUUAACAAUACUGGUGCAAUGUUCGUCGCGUGUAAGUGGCAAAUGUGUAACUACAAGAUGAGGGCUUGGACCUGACUUGUCGAAGUAAAAAACUUGCAUGGUAAGGCCUGCUGUUUUUCUGUUUUAUGCUAUAACGUUUGAGUGCGAAUGUUCUCACAAAAUAACGGUAAUGCUGUACAGUGUAUUUCAGAGCAACUUGGUGCCAGUAAAAAAUUGAGGUAUAGGAACAUUUCUCCCUCGUAAUCUCCGCGAAAGUAGGGGUAACAUUCUGACAAGCAUUUUCUUUAUCAGAAGAAAUCAUUGUAGUAAAUUUCAGCUAGGUAUUUUGUUGAAAGUCUUGUAUGUCGGUCAUGUUGUGCCGUCCGCCAUUUUGUUGUGCCGUCGCCAUUUUGCCGAAGUUGCGAACCGUCUCAUAUGUCAAUGUCCGAGGCGUGCUUGGAGGCCUUUGCAUUUCGAAUUGGAAGCCUUAGAUUCUUGAUGCAUUUUUUUUAAGAACGCUUUGAAUGUAAAGCGAAAGGCGUUGAAUUUUAGAGGAAAAGUCGUUGUUUACGCAGUUUCUUAUGGUAGAAACCUUUGCAGUAUUAAAGCUGCAACGCCGUAUUCCUAACUAUAUACAUUAUUUUGGUGCUACAUAUAAUUUAUUCUGCCAACAUCUUUGAGGGAUAUGGUCGGUUCUCUAAUGUCUGUAAUUAAGUUGACCCCAAUUGACCCCGGUCCUUGGUUACAGCGCUCUGCUUUUGUGCACUCUACAUAGAACAUAAUCCACGGAACGUGUACAACUUCAUUUUGUACCGUUUGGAGAAUUCUAGUCAUAUCAAUACAUGUAUCUACUGUACAAAAUUGUGUAUAUACAUUGUAAUCUGUAUACGUGCGCUAUAAAUCUGCACUUGUUUUUACAUUGAAAUCACGAUAAACUGAAAUUAACCUUCCAGAUUACAUUUUUCUAUACUUAUGGGAAAUGAGUUUCGGAUUUGGUAUGGUCGUUAUUAUUCCAAGGCAACGGACAAAAAUAUGACUAUUUUUUUUUGAAACUAAAUGCUGGAACCUCCACAGAACCUAAUAUUUCUGUGUUUUGUUUCUUUUCUUUCUUUUUUAGACUUGUUUUAAGGUCUUUAUCAACUGCUUCACCUAUAUAACUUCCAUAUUUCAUACACAACUUUAUGAGGUAUCUUAACUGACAACUACCAAUCCCUAAUUAUGAAAAUGAGUUUAAAUAUACAAUCAGACAGGCGGGUGUUGUUAAUUUCUGGGUUGUAUUUCUGGUUGCCAGGGCAAUACGGCAUACCACAAUAUAAAUGGUAUUUCUCGCCAACGGAAAAAUGUAAAUUUUUGAUACAAAGAAAGUUAGCUGUAGGUUAUCGUUCGACGAAACAUUCCAAUAAUUGUUCAGUCUUGUCAUUUCGAUUAUCUGUAGCAUUCUGUAAAAACAAUUUGAAAGAACGAACCGUCGUGUGCCCGGCAGAAGGUCAUAUGUGCGUAUGCCCUUAUGUGCGAACACGUGAUCACGCAGCAAAAGGGCCUAUGCAGAAAACUGCCUCUACUUUAAUGAAAUUUAAUCGUUUUCGUCAGAAAUUAAUACAAGUGUUGUUCCAAAACUUAUGAUUCAUACGUGUGACAAAUUUCAUAAUACGUGUGGGAGAACAUUGGAUUCAUAUUACGCGUGGGCAAACAUUGGAGCCUUUCAAAACAAUUUUCUUAAAAAUGAUUUUUGCGUCAUAACGCUCAUACCCUUCUGCCGGGCACCCAACGAUUAAUUGUACUUGAAAACAGGUGCUUGUUAUUGUGACGAAGCGGUGAGUGAUUAAUCUGUCGAAUGAAAUGCACGAGUAUUAACAAUG